AUGUUUAUUUUUACUUCAUACUUUUGUUUCAUUUUAGUACCACUACGUGCAAGUUCCAUUGAUAUUCAUCCGAAUGCAAAAUGGUCACAGAAUGGUAUCACUGUUGCCGGAGGAAAUGGAUAUGGCAGUGGAACCAAUCAACUCUAUUUUCCAAUGGGUUUGUACGUCGACGAUGAUCAAACGAUUUAUAUCGCUGAUCUUUAUAAUCAUCGUAUUGUGGAAUGGAAAUCUGGUGCAACGAAUGGAAAAGUAGCUGCUGGUGGAAAUGGAGAUGGAAAUGAAGCUCAUCAGUUAAACAACCUAUUAGAUGUGAUUAUUGACAAAGAGAGUGAUAGUCUCAUCAUCAGCGAUUGCGGGCAUAACAGAGUAGUUCGGUGGCCUCGUCGAAUUGGUACUCGUGGAGAAACAAUUAUUUCAAAUAUCUCUUGCUACGGUUUGACAAUGGACGACAAUGGUUCUCUCUAUGUCGUUGAUGAUGAAAAACAUGAAGUGAGACGAUAUAAAAUUGGUGACACUAAAGGAACAGUAGUUGCAGGUGGCAAUGGACAAGGAAAUCGUCUCGAUCAACUCUCUUGGCCUACCUACGUAUUUGUCGAUCGAGAUCAUUCAGUUUAUGUGUCUGAUUCGGGACAUGGUCGUGUAAUGAAAUGGGAAGAAGAUGCAACACAAGGUAUUAUCGUCGCCGGUGGUCAAGGAGAAGGAAAUAGUCUUACACAAUUGAAUCAUCCUCAAGGAGUCGUUGUCGAUCAAUUGGGUACUGUCUAUGUGACUGAUGAUGGGAAUCAUCGAAUCAUGCGUUGGCCAAAAGGAGCCACACAGGGAAGUGUCAUUGUUGGUGGAAACGGUCAAGGAGCACAGUCGAAUCAACUCAAUGGUCCCAUAGGUUUAUCAUUCGAUCGACAUGAAGUUCGACCAAAAUUAGAUGGUAAAGAUUGUUGGGAAAAAUUAACUUUUAUUUAUUUACACGAUCAGAUUCCAAUGCUAUUAGGAGAUGUUGAAGGAUGCAUUAAACUUCUUAGACAAUGA